AUGGCUGAGGAAAUCGACGACUCCGACUUCUAUAGGGAGAACUUCAGCGCGGACUCCGAUUGGGAGGUGUUCAAUGCGCAAUUGGCAGAAAUACUGCAAAAGUGGGACGUUCAGAAUGCCGAUUGGGGACGGGAGCUGAGGCCAGAGGAGCUGUUCUCCUGCAAAUGGCAGGUGGAGUCUGAAACGCUGAACCUGCUACGCAACAACAUUGCCGUGGAAUACUACGAGGCGAAGGUGUCGGCGUCAGAAGUUGCUUCGCCAGAGCACGAGGAGGGCAGCAACGUCUGCCUUCAGCGCACGAGUUGCCAUCACGAUUUGAUGAGCAGCGUCAACAGCUUCGGGCCGCCAAUUAGCAGCUCCAACGAGCUGCACAUGCUGGCUCGCAUUUACGGACUGCGUCGCUUCAUUGUCCUGCAUCCAGUCAAUAGCCAGUUUUUGAAGUCAACUUCCGAGUUCAAUUUCUUUUUGAGCGCUGCCGCUGUUUCAUCUGCCGAGGUGGGCAGUGUGGUGCCGAUUUUUGUGCAAAUCUACGAUCCCAAGUGGAAUUUCUAUACCGGCUUGGCUUUUGCGCCAGCGCUGCGCACAAACUUUCGGCUGAUUGGUCUGGACCAGCCGCAGAAGGAGUGCCUCUAUCUGAUGCGGCAGCUGGCCAUGUUCAAGGAGAAGGUGCCCGCCUCCUACACCCAACCGGCGAUGGUGUCUGUCCGCAUGACCUACGCCUUGGACACGAUGCGCAUUCGCAUGCCCAUGAAUGUGCCCUUCGACCAUGGACUCAACUCGGAGGACAUUGUGGUCUCCGGUGAGGUGGCUCCGCUAGAGACAAUGCACUUUCACGCUCUGCCGCAUGGAUACACGCCCGAGAGCCGCACUGAGAUCUAUUUGGUGUACACAUGGCCAGAGCUGACGGAGCAUGUGGCCUUCGACAGCGAGCAGAGCUCGGAUUUUGUGCCCUCCAAGGCGCCCCUGGGCCAGAUAUAUCUGUCGGUGGAGGCAUCGUCGUAUCUCUCCUGCUGCCUGCAGGACUAUCAGCAGGCUGGGCGAGUGACUCGCACCCUCGAAUCGUAUGUGGGCCGCAAUUUCUCUGGCAUUAGCAGUGGCGCCGAGGCAGCCAAUCCUCUCGACCAGCUCACAGAGCACAAGUUGAAGACACGCCGGGGCCAGUACGAGCUGCCCUCUCGGGCCGGGCAGAGUAAACGCCUGCCUGGACCCAUGACUGAGAACGAGUUGAAUGAGCUGCUGACUUAUCUGUUCCCGGACAUGCAUCCGGAGACGGCUCUAUUUCCAUAUGCUAAGGAGAGCUUCAGGGAUAAGUUCGAUCCGAUGCGCAUUAAGAGCGCGGUGCCCGAUUCUUUGGUCUGUCGCUUAAGCUGCUUGCUGGCCACAUGCCAUGCCCAUCUUGGCGGCUUCGAGGGCAUGGCUCAGCUGUGGGCGGCCUUCACCCGUCAGCUACGCAUGCUUUGGGACAACUCGCUAUCGGUGCCGGGCAUUACGCCGGGCUUUCCCGAUACGCGCACUUGUCUGCUCCACCAAAAGCUGCAAAUGUUGAACGUCUGUGUGGAUCGUCGCGUGCAACGUGAGGCGGCGAGUAAACGCAAACAACAACAACAACAGCAACAACAACAAACACAGCGUACAGUAACAACAAACAUCACGGACGAUGAGCAGGAAGAUGAUGAUGAAGAUGAUGGCGAGUUCUAUGACUGCGACGAGCCCACAUCCGCUUCUAGUUCGCCCAUCAAAGCCGUGCUUAGCAUUAGGCCAGAGGGUCGUCUGCAACGCCUGAGCGAGGAACGACUGCUGGACGAGCCCGAAGAAUUCCUCUACAUACCCGUCACACAGGAGCCAGUGCCGAAAACCGAAGACCAGCUGCAAGAUGAUGCUGAGAUCAUGUUGAAAUUGGGUCCAGGCUCGGGUCUAACCACGCAAAUGAUGUGCACCUCGCUGCUCUCGGAUAUGGAGGCAUUCAAGGCGGCCAAUCCUCGUGGCCAAAUGGAGGACUUCAUACGCUGGUACAGUCCCAAAGACUGGGAGCAGGUCGAAGAUGAAUCGGGGAAAAUAUCGCAUCAGUUGAGCGUGCGUAUGACCACUCCGGGCAACACUUGGCAAACCGUGUGGCAACAGGCCCAACCCGUGCCCGUGGCACGCCAAAAGCGUCUCUUCGACGACACCAACGAGGCACUGAAGGUUCUGCAGUUUCUGGAAACGCGCAACAUGAGCGAGAUUUAUGCCUUGACAGUCAUUCCAUUGCUACACUCAGCCAUUCUGAAAAUAAUUGACCUCUUCAACAACGCUCAGGUGGAGGAUGUGUUCAGCGCACAAAUCGAGCAAUGGCUGAGCGAUUUGUGUCGCCUCUCACGCGCACAUGGCAGCGAUGAGAUGCCCCUCAUUAAGGGGGCAUUGGAUGACUUGGCCGAGCUGGAGCGUCGCUUCUAUCAGUUCAGGUGUUUCGAGCGCCUCUCGGGCUAUCCUAAACGCAGCACUCAGGCCCAGGUGAAGCGGCAGUUUGAGGAGAUACUGAAGAACGACAAUUGUUGCACGAUUGUCAAUAAGAAAUUGAGCGCUGCCGGCGAUGUCUUGGGCAGUAGUGGCGGAAGUCUGUACGACAUAUUGAAUCCGAAGCAGGACAAAGAUAUGUCUGAGCGACUGAUAACAAAGGACUACGUAAUACGUUUGGAUGGUGAUGCCAAAACAGCGGAGAAGGGUGAAUAUCUCGGACCACAAUUCAUGCGCGCCAUCGUCACGGGCGAAAAAUUAAGACUGUGUGGUGCGUUUACCGAGAGCACAACAUUUAUUUAGGGAUAUAGGAUUGAAAUCCAAAAUAAAUCAUUAGUGGAACUCUCAAAGAAAUUGUACUAUAUCCUCAAUUUAUUUAUAACAACACAAAUGUGCUUUUUAUAUAAACUAUAUUUAAUUUAUAUUGUAAUAGUUUCCUAAAGCUCUAUUGGCGUACUCAUCUAUUUGGAAGGUAUAUGGCUUAACAAAUUCUUUAGAUUAUUGUGCACAUUUUUUAUAAUUGUUAUUAUUUUUAAAACUGUUUUGUUUUAUUGGUGAAUAUGGUGUGUUUUAAAUGAAAAAAACUAUUGUUACUUCUAAUAUAUGC